AUGCUUAUCGGUUUUUUUCUUACCAUUUUGUGCGUAUACAAUGAUCGUGGAAUAGACAUAAAACAGCUAUUUCUGAUAUAUCAAAAGCGAAUAUCCAGAAAACCAUGCCAUCUUAUUAGUCAAGGUUUGAGAUUGUCAAACAUUCAAUUACCAACCGAAGAAGAACAAUCUACGGCCUUGCCAAUUGGGAGGCGACCGAUGGCAGUGCCAAUAAAAAGAAUGACCGGAGAAAACCAAGACGGUAGCUCUUCCGAUAUAGACAAGUUUUUAAAAGACAUCUUCUUUUAUUUUAAUGCCGGUCAGACAUACUAUGUGUUGCGAAAGUGUAUCCAAUACGUUGGAUGCUAUCACUUCUUCUGUUUCUUGGAAGAGUCACAAUUACAAGGCAAAGGAUUACACAAGAAACACAUGCAAACAAUUAAAGACGGUCAACAUAGUAAGUACCAGACCAGACUAUUAAAAGCUGCUGGUAAAAGACUCCAUGUCUUGUUCAAGCAGUUUAAGUACGGGACUCUUGCUAUUGUAAUUCCUUACUCCUUUGCAGCCUUUGAACGAUGGAGCAGGGAAAAAUUCAAGAAGUUCAUUAGCGUUAUCAAGCAAGAUAAGGCCUUAUCCAAGGAACUACAAGAUCUGCAGCUUCGCUCCACUUUCUUGGACAAAACUGGAGAAUUACACUACAUAUAUUAUAAAGACAGCGACUACAUUUAUUGCAAUGAUAUUCAAAAUAAUAAAGAAGUUCAUUUUUGCUACUUGGCUUUCAUUCAAGGUCGUAGUGUUUCAUUGACCCUAAUUGUGACAAAAUGA